GAAGGGGGGUGGUGGGUUGCGUAAGGACACUUGUUGGCUUUAUGGGAAUGCAACCCGACGUGUUGGUUUCACGUGCAUAUUGUUAUCACGGCUGCAGACAAUGUCUCCAGGGAAUGACAAUUACCUAAGUACAGCAGCAGUCAGGCGUUUCACCGAUGUUUUGUUUUUGUUCGUCGGGUUAUCUGUCCCUCGACCCGACUCACUGGACGCGGCCUCAACCGAGCCCCGAGCCCCGGCACAUACGGAGAGCUGAAAGAGGCCGCUUUGUCUCAAAGGACCAUCAACGAACUUCUUAUAUUAAGGACCUGCCUGCCGCCUCCUUGGCUAACCGACCUAUUCAUCUCUCAUCCAAGCCCCGCUCACGUAUUCGCUCUCAGCCUACAUAGGUAACCAAGACACCUCUCUUUGCCACCUUUGACGCCAACCCCUUAUCAUUCCAAAUAUACGUACAGUUACACCUGCAUCCUCACCACAUCUCCACUAUGUCUACCAACACUCUCAGCCUGCUCGACGCCAUCAAGCAGCGUUCGUCGCUGCAUGUGCUCACCGACGAUGUCAGCAUCCCCGAUGCUCGCGUCCAGGAGAUCGUGCGCGAGGCGAUCCUCCACGCCCCCACUCCCUUCAACUGCCAGUCUGGCCGCGCUGUCGUGCUCCUGAAAGACGACCACAAGAAGUUUUGGGACAUCGCCCACGACGCCGCCAAGGCCGCCGUGCCCCCAGCAGCCUUCGAGAAGGCUUUCGAGCCCCGCGUUAAGAUGUUCCGCGCCUCAUAUGGCACAAUUCUGUUCUAUGAGAGCCAGGAAGCGCUCGACAAGGUUGGCAGCAAAGUACCCAUGGUCAAGGCCAUGAUGCCCCAAUGGUCAGAGCAUGCCACUGGAAUGCUACAGUACGCUGUGUGGACGAUGCUCUGUGCCGAAGGCUUGGGCGUCAACCUCCAACACUACAGCCCCAUGGUAGACGCCCCCACCGCCAAGCAGUGGAACAUCCCUGCCGACUGGACCCUGAAGGCCCAGAUGGUCUUUGGAAAGCCUACUGGAGGACGCCUCCACGAGAAGACCUUCGAACCAGUCGAGGACAGACUGAAGGUAUAUGGCGCCUAAGAAGCGGCGGCUUGAUGACAUGGCGUGCGAGGCGUUCAUGGGUUAUUAGAGAUAGACCUUUUCCUUUUUGAUUACUGGUAUAGGCGAAAAGAGCGAUGUAGUAGAUUUCCCAUUUCACUGGGCCAUACAGAGCUAGACUCGGUAUCAAAUUGACUCAAUUCAUCUUAAA